AUGUCCGUCAUGCUCGAGACGUCCCUCGGGGACCUCGUCAUAGACCUCGAGGUUGACAAGUGUCCGCGCACCUGCGAAAACUUUCUCAAGCUCUGCAAGAUCAAGUAUUACGGCUUGAACGCAUUCUUCAAUGGUGAGUUACGAUUGUCCUCGUGCAACAAAGCCAACUCUCCAGUGUCCAAGGACUUUAUCGCGCAGACAGGCGACCCAACGGCGACUGGAACGGGUGGCGAGUCUCUCGACUCGUACCUCUACAACAAGGACCCAGUGGGACCGCCUGUUCCGCGCUACUUUGCGCCAGAGAUCACCAACAAGCUCAAGCACGUCGCCAAGGGCACCGUGUCGAUGGCGGUCGCGCCGACCGACCCGGCGGGCUGCGGUUCGCAAUUCUUCAUCACGCUCGCAGACAAUAUCGACUAUUUGGACGGCAAGCAUGCGGUCUUUGGCCACGUGAUUGAGGGACUCGACACGCUCGACAAGAUCAACGAGGCGUACCUCGACAAGGAGGGCCGGCCACUGCAGGACAUUCGUAUCCGUCACGUCGAGGUGCUGGAGGAUCCCUUCCCAGACCCGGACAACAGGAUCGUCCUGUCGCCUCCCCCCUCGCCUAUCCGCCCCCCUGACGCUGGCGGCGAUGUGGUCCGCAUCGGCGACGACGAGGACGCAUUCGCCCAGCUGGCCGAGGAGGAGGCCGAGGAGCAGCGCCGCCUGACGGCCGCCAACAGCUCGGCGCUCACGCUGGAGAUGAUUGGUGACCUGCCCUUUGCGGCUGUGCGCCCGCCCGAGAACAUCCUGUUCGUGUGCAAGCUCAACCCCAUCACGCAGGACGACGACCUCGAACUGAUCUUUUCGCGCUUUGGCAAGAUCCUCAGCUGCGAGAUUGUGCGCGACAAGAAGACGGGCGACUCGCUGCAGUACGCGUUCAUCGAGUUUGACCUGCAGGAAUCGGCAGAGCAGGCAUACUUUAAAAUGCAAAACGUCCUCGUGGACGACCGGCGUAUCUGGGUUGAUUUUUCCCAGUCGGUCGCCAAGAUGGGCUCGGCAGCGCGUGCGGGCUUUGGCGGCGGCGGCGGGAGAGGGGGAAGGGGUGGUGCGCGAGGAGGACGCGGUGGCGGUGGACGCGGCGGGUUCAGCGAUCGCGGGCCACCACCGACGCGCGACUCGGGCUAUGGUGCGCGUGCGGGCCGUGACCUGCCCGAGGGCUAUGGCGAGCCGCGCAGGCGCAGCCGAAGCCCCCGAGACCGCGAGGAGAGGAGACCAGAACGCGACAGUGGACGCCGUGACGACGACCGAUACAAGCGCGACGACAGGGACCGCCGCAGCGAACGACGUGAGAGGGACGACCGGGACGAGGACCGUCGCCGGUCAGGUGGACGCGAUGACCGCGACAGGAGGGACAGGGACAGGGACCGCGAGCCUCGUCGUGAUGACAGGAGGGACGACAGGAGGGAUGACAGACGAGACCGCGAGAGGGACGACAGGCGCCGAGACGACCGUCGCGAUGACAGGCGUGAUCGCGACAGGGACUACCGUAGGGACCGAUAG